GUAACAAUAAAAAGUGAAAACGUUGACUGGAUAAGUUAUAACUUCCAAGACGAUACGGAUAAUCAAUAUUCGAGUUAGUUGCCAAAUCCAUAACAGUAUUUGACAGAAUGGAUAUUCCCAGGAAAGUGCAGUAUGUUUGCUUCGUAAGUUUGUUUCUUUAUACAAUUUCACCAGACUUCGUACACGGCAAGGCUGAGCUGGUAACAUGCGGGUCCGUCCUCAAACUACUCAACACCAAGUACAAGGUCAGGUUGCACUCGCACGAGGUGAGGUACGCGACGGGCAGCGAGCAGCAGUCGGUCACCGGCACAGAAGAUCAAGAGGACAUCAACUCCCACUGGGUAGUAGGAGCGAAGCCCCCUUGUUUCAGAGGAGAGCCUGUUGUAUGUAAGGGUGAGAUUCGCUUGACACAUUUAACGACGGGUAUGAACCUCCGCUCACACUACUUCCCCUCUCCGCUGGCCAGGGAGCAGGAGGUUGCUGCUGGAGCAGAAGAUGCGGGUGACCUCUGGAAGGUCUUGUGUGACGGACCGUUCUGGAGAAGAGAUGAGGAAGUCAUGCUAAAGCAUGUGUCGACCGAGGUGUACCUGGCCGUGUCGGGCAACAGGUUUGGACGUCCGAUAGAAGGGCAGUACGAGAUCGUCGGAGUCCGAGGGUCUAACUCCCCGACCAGAUGGAGGGUGUCAGAGGGUGUGUUCAUACACCCUCCUGAGUCCAAGAUGGAGCUACACAAGACACAUACCGAGUUGUAGUUUUGCAUGUUUUGUAACCAUGUAUUUACAAUAGGCCUACGUCUGUUUACUGUAGUAGUCAUUAAGUUUUUGAGAAAUGAAUAUUGAGAUAUUAAUAUAUAACACU